AUGGCCUCCCAGUUGUACUUCUUGUUUGUCCUUUCACUUGUCCUAGUUCAUGCAACUGCUAGGAAUGUCCCUACUGGUGACAAUGACCAAAAACAGGUCAUUGUUGAUGGUAAGGUGGCUGAUGGUAAUGUUGGAAAAGGUGUUAAGGACAAGAAGUGUGUAAUUGGAGGGUUUGCAGCAGUUGGUGGGGUUGCUGGUGUUGGUGCGGUGAUACCCGUCGGAGGACUUGGCGGUCUUGGUGGUGCUGGUGGAGCUGGUGGCCUUGGUGGAGCUGGUGGCCUUGGUGGAGCUGGUGGCCUUGGUGGAGCUGGUGGACUUGGUGGAGCUGGUGGACUUGGUGGUGGUGGUGGACUUGGUGGACUUGGAGGUCUUGGUGGCGGCAUUGGUAAAGCUGGCGGUAUUGGAGUUGGUGGGAUUUUGCCUUGA